AUGGCCCAACCUGAAGGUGCUCGUGGUUCGGACCUCACAUGGGAUCAAGUUGAUGAAGCCAUUGGUGCAUCAUGUGAGCUUCGAGGUCGUAAUCUUCCUAGGACCUACGCUCGUCGUGCAAGGCAUAUAUCAAGAGUGGUUGAAGAAGAUGAGGAAGAGGGAGAGGAAGAAGAGAUCAUUUUGGAUGAUGAUGAUAUAGAUGAUUUUGGUGAACAACCAAUGGAUGCUACUUAA